GACUGCCGUGAACGUUUGUGGGUGUUUUGAGCGGAGGAUGGCGUUAUGAGGUCAGGGGUUCGUGGGUGUUAAAUUGCUAAGUUGAAAUCCGGGUACAUCGGCUGCUAAAUAAAAUAUUUAAAUUCUUGAUAAUAUCUUUGUUACGUGACUUGAGAUGGUCGCACAAUCUGGAUUGGGGGAUAGUCGUAAAGCACAUACCGGUGCUUACAAAGACAAAAGUAAACCCGCAGAGAUUCGUAGCAGCAACAUCAAUGCAGCGAAAGCAAUUGCGGCGUUGCGUGUUACAUCACCGCGGGGUGAGGGGCGGGGUGUUGACNNNGGCAAUGGAGAAGUGACAAUCACCAAUGAUGGAGCAACAAUUCUGAAACAGAUUAGUGUCACACAUCCAGCAGCAAAAAUGUUGGUUGAGCUGUCAAAAGCUCAGGACAUUGAGGCAGGAGAUGGAACAACCAGUGUUGUGGUGGUUGCGGGCAGUCUCUUGGAAGCUGCAGAAAAACUGCUUCAGCGGGGCAUUCAUCCCACUAUCAUCUCAGAUGCAUUCCAGCGUGCAGCUGCAAAGGCUGUGGAGAUCCUUGCUGGAAUGUCCAGACCCAUUGAACUGACAGAUAAAGAGAGUCUCAUCAAGAGUGCUUCCACUGCACUAAAUUCCAAGGUGGUCUCUCAGCAGUCCAGUUUGCUGGCUCCAUUAGCAGUUGAGGCUGUUCUAAAGGUCAUUGAUCCAGCAAAGGACAAAAAUGUGGACUUAAAGGACAUUAGAAUCAUCAAGAAGCUUGGUGGCACUGUGGAGGACACAGAGUUGGUUGAUGGGCUUGUGUUUACACAGAGAACUGCAAAUGUGAAUGGACCCAGGAGGGUUGAGAAGGCCAAGAUUGGACUCAUACAGUUCUGCAUUUCCCCUCCCAAGACAGACAUGGACCACAGUGUGAUUGUGUCAGACUAUGCAGCUAUGGACCGUGUGCUGAAGGAGGAGCGGGCAUACAUCUUGAACAUCGUGAAGCAAAUCAAGAAAUCUGGCUGCAAUGUGUUGCUGGUGCAGAAGUCUAUACUCAGGGAUGCGCUCAGUGAUUUGGCGAUUCACUUCCUGGACAAAAUAAAAGUGAUGGUAGUGAAAGACAUUGAGAGAGAAGACAUAGAAUUCAUUACCAAGACUCUAGGUUGUCGGCCUAUUGCAAGUUUGGACCACUUCCUGCCAGAACAUCUUGCUAAUGCUGAAUUAGUGGAGCAGGUGCAAACAGGGAACAGCAAGUUUGUGAAGGUGACAGGAAUACAGAAUUCAGGUCGCACUGUGACCAUUCUUCUCCGCGGUAGCAACAAGUUGGUGCUUGAGGAGGCCGAUCGAUCCCUGCACGAUGCUCUGUGUGUGGUGCGGUGUCUUGUCAAACAGAGGGCACUGAUUGCGGGGGGUGGUGCUCCAGAAACAGAACUUGGGCUGAAGCUUGCACAUUAUGCACAGACCAUUACUGGAGUGGAUGCCUACUGCUUCAGGUUAGUCUUUUCUAUAGAAUUUAGAAGUCUCCAACAAACAAUGACACAGGGCAGCAACAUCUUUAUUUUAGUUUGGAAGAAUUUUUCUUGUAAUAAUUUUUGUUUUCAGGGAGCAAUAACUAAUAUUCUAGAAGAGAAUGUAGUUCAGCCAUUGCUGGUUUCAACUAGUGCCAUCACCCUAGCAUCUGAAACUGUUCGCAGCAUCCUCAAAAUUGAUGAUAUUGUUAAUACGGUGCAGUAGACUACAUCUGGCAGAGCAAUUUUAGGAGUAACACCUGCUUACUAGAGCAAAAUCAAUGAAACUAAUAUAACCUCCACUCUCAAGUAUCUCUGUUUCAAUGUAAUGAAAAUUAAUGGAACUAAAAUUGUCUUUGUUGCUUAUGUAGUUAUUCCACAUACUCCAAAUAAAAAGGUGCAACUUUUUAUUUA